AUGAUCCGACUUCAUCUGCUGUUGUUGUGGGUGACACUUCAGUUUGAACCAGGUAUUAGCAACCCAAGGCGAUUCUAUCGACCCGGUAACGUAACACUGGGAGUCAUCUUACCACUUCAUGUGAAAAACCCGGAAGACAAAUGCGGCGAGUUUUACGCAUUUGGACUUGGUUACAUCGAGGCAAUCAUGUUUGCCAUCGACCACAUCAACAACGACACCAACUUACUCCCGAACGUCACAUUAGGAUUUGACAUUCGAGACUAUUGCGACACACCAGUUUUAGCCAUGGAGACGGCAAACGACUUCGUUAAAAGUAAUUACUUGAAUGAUUUAUUUGAGGGGCAAACGGAGUUAAAGAUACUAUUAGAUAAUCUAACAGCUCCCAUAUCAGCAGUCAUUGGAACCGAGGAUUCCAGCAGUAGCACUCUGGUUUCCAGCCUCCUUCAAGUGGCUGGGAUACCAACAAUAAGCCCGUUUGCGACCAGUGAGGAACUUAGUUCUCCUUACUAUAGCACAUUCUUUCGCACCAUUCCCCCUGACGGAGAGCAGGCAAAAGCCAUGGUGGAUAUUAUAGAACAUUACGGAUGGACGUACAUCGCAGCCAUCGUUAUCGACCAUUCGUACGGUCGAUAUGGGUUACGCGCUUUAGAGAGGGAAGCAUACGACCGCAGGACGUUUUGCAUCGCAUUUUCUGAGUACUUAACGCAUUCCGGAUACAAAGGGAAAAUAAAAGCGAUAGUGAGAAAGCUCAAAGUGGCCAAAAAUAUUAAAGUGAUUGUCCUAUGGAGCAACUACGAGCCUGCCAAACGGUUCUUAGCAGAAGCGACCGCACAGGGAUUGGAAGAUCGAACGUUUCUAAUUAGCGAGGCCAUAGCAGUUUUAGAAGAGGUCCUACAAGAGAACUCUGCUAUCCUCAAAGGAGCUUUGGGAAUACGACCAUAUUUGUUUACAGAUGAGCCGCUGGAGCAGCAUCUUAGAGGAAUGACGGUGAAAGGUAGCAGAUUAAGUGCUAACCCAUGGUGGGAGGAUUUUUGGACAAACCACCUUAAUUGCUCGUGGAAAACUGGCUCAAAAGAUGCAUGUGAUGAUGACGCAAAAGUAGACCAGGAGGCCUUUUCUAAAAUACACAAUGCCUUUAUUCCUUAUCUGACUGACGCUGUGUACGCUCUAGCCUAUGCCAUUGAUUCAAUAUACAAAUGCAAAGAGCCAAGUGGGUUGUCAGAGAAGGGAAUAUGUCCAAGCACACGAUCUAUCAUCAAACCUAGAGACACCUUAAGGUACCUCAGGAAUGUUACAUUUGACGGAAUCACGGGACGGAUACAGUUUACAAAAAAUGGCGAUCCUUUCUCUUCUUCAUACGACAUCGUGAACUUUCAGAAACAAGGCCAUCGAUACGCAAAUGUUAAAGUAGGGACAUGGAUCGGAGGAACACUCAAUAAACUCACAAUAAACAGCACACUAAUCAAGUGGAGUGACCCGGAAGACACCGAGAACCCGGUGUCUGUAUGCAGCCAAAGCUGUCCUCCAGGAACUAAGCAAACUGCGACUGUAUCUUGCUGCUGGGAGUGUAUUAAAUGUCCAGUCGGUAGCAUCAGCACAGAAUAUAGCUCCCAGAACUGCUCCCAAUGUCCAGAGCAACAUAUGUCUAGCGAAGAAGGUACGGCAUGCCUUCCCUUACCGGUUAUUAACAUUACAUGGAGCGACACUUCAGCGAUGAUAUUCACAAUUCUAACAGCGGUUGGCUUAUUUGGGACAUGCGUGACUUUCGCUAUUUUCCUAAAGAACCAGGACACCCCACUGGUAAAGGCUUCCAAUCGAGAACUGAGCUUCUUGUUGUUGUUCACCAUCGCAUUGUGCUUUGUGCUGACUUUGCUUCAUCUCACACAACCCAGUAAGGUUGUUUGCUGCAUUGUGUAUCCAUGGAGAUACUUCGUCAGCACCGCGUGUGUAUCAGUCCUGUUCCUUAAGACAAACCGUUUAGUUCAAGCAUUCCAAACGAAAAUUAUCCCAAACUGGUUCAGGCACUACGUCGUGGACCCCAGACGUCAAUUUCUUGUCGUCAUUCUCCUCAACAUAGUCGAAGUUAUCCUCACUGUCUUGUGGCUUGCAAUAGAUCCUCCACACGAACAUCAGGAGGUACGACCACAAACACACGUCUUCCACACCUGCCUGCCAUUCCGCACACGGGUCGGGAUGAUCCUAAGAGCCGUAAUGUUCUCGUAUUUCAUUUUCCUUUCUCUAGUAGCCUCCAUUUAUGCCUUCAAAGCGAGGCACCUUCCCGAGAAUUUCAACGAAGCCAGAUACAUCGGUUUCGCCAUGUACGUUUUGCUGAUAUCCUGGUUCUCAUUUUAUCCAGUCGACUCGUCCUUGGAAGGAUUUUACACCACCAUAGUUGCAUGUGCCACAGCCCUGGUCACCGCAUAUGGACUGCUGCUGUGUAUUUUCGCUCCAAAACUCUUUGUUAUUGUUCUGCAUCCGGAGCAAAACACAAACGAGUUCAUGAAAGCGGAAAUUGGUAAGUUUACGACAAGCGUUUCGCAAAUUAAAAUGAGGGUCCAACCCGCCAGUGGAAUCGAAAAUGACUGUUGUUGCUCAGUGACUGAUGAGCAUUGUUGCGGUAAAACAAACCUUUGA